UCAUUUCUUAACAACUUUCCAAAUUAAUGAUAAUCCAAAAUACAUUGUUCAACAACAUUGGCAAAACCUAAAAAAAAACCGUCAAUGGCCCCUCCCCCAACUAUAAUUAUUGUCCACAAACCUUAGUGGGAAAAACUCACGUUGCAUAUUUUAUUGUCUGCCCUAUAAUUGAUAUAAACCUACAAAGGCACACACACCAACAAGGGAUAUAUGAUACAUCCUCCUUAAAUUCCAACCCCCACUAACGGCAAGAAAGGAAAGGAAAGGAAAAGAAAACAAGAGAAAAGAAAAGAGAAAGAAGAGAGAUUCAACUACACUUUGAAGUUUCACCAUCCAUUACAAAUAUGCCUGAGGAAUGCAACGAAACCUCCAUAGCUACCUCUCCGGCGACACUCAAUUGGUGGCCGGAUCUUCAUGUGAGCUCUCUGUCAUCAUGGAGUAGUAAUACUAAUACCAACAACAACAAUCCAUGGCAACCUCAAAACCCUAAUUCCAACUCUUCUGGAGAGGAGGAUGUAUCGAUCUCCACAUCGUUCACUAACGCCUCCAACCAAUCCAGUUUAAGCGUAGACUUGGAAUCCUCACGCCAUAUCGUUGAAUCUGCCUCGGCCAAUGAAUUAAUCGGCAAAACAGCCUCUGAUAAUCAACUUUGGAGCCAUGUUCUAUUAAGUAUUGGGACAAGUGGAGAACUGAACAACACUCAAGAGAUUGGACACAACAACAUAUUGUCAUCAAAGGGUUUAUCAACUGGGAUGAUGUUUGAGCCUGCUUGUGACUACUUGAAGAAAAUGGACAACAGUUGGGAAUUCACAAACCCACAAUCUGUCAUAAACAAUUUUGAAAAACAUUUUAAUGGUUUCAACGAGGGCUUAAUUGAAAGUGAAAGGCUAAACAAAUUGCCAUCAAGCUUGGUAAACAACUGGUCUAUUGCACCCCCAGACUCUGAAAUCAAUAGCAGCAUCUAUAGGUUCUCAGCACAGCCUGAUAUUUGUCAUAGUAAGCAAUCAGUGAGCAAUCCGACAACGUUUUCAGGAAGCAUAAACAGGAAUUCUGGUUCGUAUUCGUGUUAUGGUCAUGAAAUGAAAGUUAAGGAUGAACAUAGAGAGAUUGAAUAUCAAUUAGGGCUUUACAAUUCAAUUUUAGGAGAUAGUAACAAGUACUAUUAUGGAUUGCCAGAUGUGCCAUGCAAUGGUACAAGAAGUUUUGGAGAUGCUAUGUCUUCUAAUAGUUUUUUGAGCAAGCCAAUUGUGGGUGUUCAUGCAUCUAAACCAAGUUUAAGAUCAUUGAGUUUAUCUGAUUGUAAGAAGCAAGGGAUCCAAGCUUCUUCCCAUCCUACAAUAUCAACAACAAGCCAUACAGUGACAAGAAGCAAUGGAAGAGGAGGACAGGGUAUUGCGAGUGAAGGAAAGAAGAAAAGAUCUGAAGAUAAUUCAGAGACACCCACAAAGAAGCCUAAGCAUGACACUUCUUCUACACUCUCAUCUUCAAAGAUGCAGGUCACAAAAGUCAAGCUUGGAGACAAAAUCACAGCCCUUCAACAAAUUGUGUCGCCAUUUGGAAAGACGGAUACGGCAUCGGUGUUGGGGGAGGCAAUUGGAUAUAUAAAGUUCCUACAAGAGCAAGUGCAGAUGCAGCUUUUGAGCAACCCUUACAUGAAGUCUAAUGUGAACAAGAUGGAACCAUGGGGAGGUUUGGAUAGAAAUGAGAGAGGAGGAGAUGUAAAGGUGGAUCUCAAGAGCAGAGGUCUUUGUCUUGUUCCUAUCUCAUGCACUCCUCAAGUCUGUCGUGACAACACAGGAUCAGACUACUGGACACCUACAUAUAGAGGGUGUUUGUAUAGAUAAAAGACAAGUUUCUUUCAUAGUAAUUUCUUCAUAGCUUUUUUCUUGCACAGGGGGUCAAAGACUCAAAAACAAUAACUUGCAAAAGGAAAAAAGCUUAUGGUCAUAUAUAUAUGGUAAAUUAUAUGAGUGAUUCCUAUAGUUUUGCUUAUGUAAUUUUAAAGUUUUAUAUUGUAUUAAUUUGAUCUAA